AACUUACUUCUGCAUUACUCAGUCAACAUUAUAUUCAUUUAUAUAAGAUUUCUGUUUUCUCUUCAGUUAUUAUUUACAUCUGUCCUGAUCCUAAAGAUGAAUGAUGGGAUUUUCUUCUGUUUGUGUUUGUGGAGUCUGUCUGGUGUGUUUGGUGAGUUUGUGUCAGUGACGGAGGGAGAUUCUGUGACUUUAUCUGUCAGUCUCACUGAAACACAGAUAGAGGAUGGGAUCAGGUGGAAGUUUGGAUCUCCAGGUGAAAUCGUAAUAGCUGAAAUGACUAGUGAGGAGAUUUCGUAUGAAAAGAGUACUGAUGGGAGAUUCAGACACAGACUGAAGUUGGAUCACAGUGGAUCUCUGACCGUCACAAACACCAGAACCACAGACUCUGGACUUUAUCAACUAAUCAACACCAACACAGACGCCCAAAUCAAUAUAUUUAAUCUUACUGUCUAUGAUCAACUGCCCGUUCCUGUCAUCAGCACAGUUUCUUCACAAAGUUUAUCAUUAUCUUCAAGGUUAAAAUGUGUGUUAUUGUGUUCAGUGUUGAAUGUGAGUGAUGUGAGUCUGUCCUGGUAUAAAGGAAACAGUUUAUUGUCCAGCAUCAGUGUGUCUGAUCUCAACAUCAUCAACAUCUCUCUACCUCUGGAGGUCGAAUAUCAGGAUACAAACACAUACAGCUGUGUACUCAACAAUCCUCUCACAAACCAAACUCAACAUCUCAACAUCAAGAAUCUCUGUCAGACAUGUGAAACAACAGCUGUCAAAGGGGUCACAGUAAAAGAAGUCGUCUACUGCUGUUGUGGUUUUACUGAAGUUGUGAUCCAAUUGGUUGUCUCUGUUCUGGUGGGUGUGGCUGCUGUUGGUUUUGUGGUUUAUGACAUCAGAUCCAGAAGAGAUGAAGAGAAGAGGAUGAGAUCAGAUAAACCCCACUAA